CAACUUUAAUAAUGAAGUUUCCGUCUCUCUCGCCAAACAUUUCCUCGUUUGGUUGCGGUUGUUCCUUUCUCAUCUCUUCGUGUUGCCUUCUCCCUCUCUCUCCCACACCCACUUUAUAAGAAAUAAACACGUCAUAUAAGCUGAACUGAAACCAACUCAACAGUUUUGCAAAGCUCUUUUGGAUUCAAGAAAGAGAGAAAGAAAGAAAUCAAGCAGAAAUGGCUCUGAGUCUCAAUUCCAUGAUGACCUUCCCAUCUCACAACCUCCCUUCUAAGUCCCACAAUCUCAGAUCUCCAAAAAUCUUCAUGGCCUCCACUCUUCACUCCUCCCCUAAAGAGACCGAGAAUCUGAAGAAGUCUUAUUGCCCUCCACGUGAGACACAUGUUCAAGUGACUCAUUCAAUGCCUCCUGAACAGAUUGAGAUCUUCACAUCAUUAGAAGGUUGGGCUGAGAAUAACAUCUUGGUGCACCUAAAGCCUGUUGAGAAGUGCUGGCAACCACAAGAUUUUCUUCCACUCCCUGAGUCAGAUGGAUUCUAUGAGCAAGUUAAGGAGCUGAGGGAAAGAGCAAAGGAAAUUCCUGAUGAUUAUUUUGUUGUGUUGGUUGGAGAUAUGAUCACCGAAGAAGCCCUACCAACAUACCAGACAAUGCUUAAUACCUUAGAUGGAGUUCGGGAUGAGACUGGUGCAAGCCUUACUUCCUGGGCGGUAUGGACCAGGGCCUGGACUGCCGAAGAGAAUAGGCAUGGUGACCUUCUUCACAAGUAUCUUUAUCUCUCGGGAAGAGUAGAUAUGAGACAAAUUGAGAAGACAAUUCAGUAUCUUAUUGGAUCAGGAAUGGACCCUAAAACAGAAAACAAUCCCUACCUUGGGUUCAUAUAUACUUCAUUUCAAGAGAGGGCAACAUUCAUCUCCCAUGGGAACACAGCCAGGCAAGCCAAAGAGCAUGGGGACCUGAAAUUGGCUCAGAUAUGUGGUACCAUUGCCUCAGAUGAAAAACGCCAUGAAACUGCCUAUACAAAAAUUGUGGAAAAGCUCUUUGAGAUUGAUCCAAAUGGCACUGUCUUGGCUUUAGCUGACAUGAUGAAGAAAAAAAUAUCAAUGCCAGCCCACUUGAUGUACGAUGGUCAAGAUGAUAAUCUUUUCGAACAUUUCUCAGCUGUUGCCCAGCGGCUUGAAGUGUAUACUGCUAGGGAUUAUGCUGAUAUUUUGGAGUUUUUGGUUGGAAGAUGGAACAUAGAGAAGUUGACGGGUCUUUCUGGCGAGGGACGUAGAGCACAAGAUUUCGUGUGUGGAUUGCCGCCAAGAAUUAGAAGGUUGGAGGAGAGGGCUCAGGGAAGGGCGAAGCAAUCAUCCACUGUUCCAUUCAGCUGGAUUUUUGGUAGAGAAAUAAAGGUAUAAGUGCUGCUGCAUGUGGUUAGCAUUGGCCCCCAUCUUAUCUUGUCUCGUAGAGUAAUAGUUAGAAUUUGCCAAUCUACAUUUUGGCCUUGUCAUUAUGAUGCCCCCUUCUCUGUGUGAGAUGGUUGGGAAGUUCUCUGUGAUGAAGACUUUUGUAGAUACUCUGUUUUCUUGUGUUGGUCUUGGGUUGAGUGAACUAUAGCUGUUCGUACAAGUGUUUAUGUUCAACCUAGAAACUAAAAAGAGUAAGCAUCUUCCUUUUUCCUUUUAAAAUGUGUUUCUGUAAGAGUACCUGCUGCUGCCCUUUUGAUAGAAUGGUGAGCUUAUCUAAAGUAAUGGAAGGAAUUAUCUGUCAAAA